CACUCGCAAUAGUGAAUAAUGUCAACUCGACCAGCUUGGCGGAUAUUCAAUAUUCUCCCACGGUGGAGCUCUGAUCUUGCCCGGGUAAGCGUCGCUUAGCAUGCCGAAGCGACGACAUGUCCAUGACUCAUUGCAUCCUGUACGCAAACUGUUGACUCGCAACAUCACUGCCCUCCGAACACCUGACACGAUGGCCGCCGAGAAUCUCAGAUCCCUAUUAAAGGAUCCCGAGCUCUUACAGAGCAAAGCAUACGUCAAUGGUCAAUGGGUAGAUGCAGAUGACGGGGAGACCUUCACAGUCACGAAUCCAGCGACUGGAAAGACGCUUGUCGACGUCCCUAACAUGCCACAGAGUCAAGUCAGAAAGGCUAUUGAACAUGCCAAAUCAACAAUAAAGAGUUGGUCAGCUGAAACGGCUUACAAGAGACAGACCCUCCUGCUCGCGUGGUAUAGCGCCAUCAUGGCUAACGUCGACGACCUUGCCUUGAUUCUGACAAAAGAGAACGGGAAGCCCUUGGCGGAGGCUAAGACUGAGAUCACUUAUGGAGCUUCGUAUAUUUCGUGGUUCGCAGCCGAGGCCGUCAGAGCAUAUGGCCACACUGUGCCGGCAGUGUUCCCAGGGACGCGAAACACAGUCAUCAAGCAACCUAUUGGGGUAUGUGGAAUGAUCACACCGUGGAACUUUCCAAAUGCCAUGAUCACACGAAAAGCCGCUCCUGCUCUCGCUGCGGGCUGCACGAUCGUAAUUAAGGCGCCUGCUGAGACGCCCUUGAGCGCACUGGCGAUUUGUGCUCUAGCUGAAAGGGUCGGGAUCCCGGCCGGUGUGGUGAAUGUGGUCACUGUGGCGAAGGGAGAGAGAGAGCAAGCAUGUGGUCUGGAAUUGACAACAAACCCAUUGGUAUCCAAAAUCUCUUUCACGGGCUCCACACCCGUCGGAAGGCUCUUGAUGAAGCAAUGUAGCUCAACGCUAAAGAAGAUGUCGAUGGAAUUGGGAGGCAAUGCAGCAUUCAUUGUAUUUGAUGACGCCGAUCUAGAUCUCGCCAUCGAAGGUGUUAUUACCAGCAAAUUCCGAGGAGCAGGCCAAACCUGUGUCUGUGCGAACCGAAUUUUUGUCCAUGCCAAGGUGUACAACGAAUUUGCAUCCCGCCUGACCGACCGAGUCAAAGCUUUCAAGGUCGGAGAUCCGUCUGAGGAAGGUGUCACUAUCGGUCCACUCAUCACCGAAGCUGGAGUUGCCAAAGUGGAGCGACAUGUAAACGACGCAGUCGAGAAGGGCGCCCGAAUCCUAGUGGGCGGCUCGAGGCCAGACGCUCCCGAAGGCAGCUUCUUUUAUUCUCCUACCGUCCUUGCAGACGUACCUCGAGAAUGUGCGGUGGCAUCUGAAGAGACAUUUGGACCUCUGGCUGCUCUUUUCAAGUUUGAGCAGGAGGAAGAUGUCGUCACUCGAGCGAAUGAUACCGAGGUUGGUCUUGCUGGAUACUUCUUCACCAAAGACAUAUCGAGAGUCUGGAGAGUCGCAGAGAGGCUCGAAGUGGGGAUGGUGGCUGUCAAUACGGGCAUGAUUUCUCAAGCUUGCAUACCAUUUGGAGGCGUCAAGCAGAGUGGUUUUGGAAGGGAAGGAGGAAGAGGCGGACUGGAUGAGUACAUGGUUGAAAAGCUUGUCACUAUUGGCGGCAUUGCAUGAGGCACGGCAAGUAGAAUGCAUGUCAUUUCUUCAUCCUCACCUCGUCGUUGUCCUCUCCAGACUACAC